GAACAAAAUGGCGGCCAGUCUUUGACAAUGUCUAUGACAUGAUUUACGCGUUUACACUCAGCAUCCUUGCUCAAAGCUUGCCGAUGACUUGAUAACUGUUAUAGCCAGCUUAGUGCUCAUAAACACAUAAUGGCAAAAGAGAAGGAGGGUUUAGAUGACGUGAGUUUUUGGACGACACCGGCUGAUGAUGGCUUCCGGUUCUCGAACCUAUCAUCAGAUCAUGUGUCUAAGCUUGCGGAGAGUGGUCCUUUUGUCGCAGUGGUGUUGUGCUACUGGGAUAACGUUUUAGGACCUAGACUGCAGCAUGUAUGGAGAGGAGUCGGGGAUGCCGAAUUUCAGGUAAAUGAUCUCUCCAACCACAGGCAGUCCAGGCUCGCAAUAGAAAUCUUCGAGGCCAAAUUAUAAGGAUAUGUAUGGGGAUUUAUGAACAUGAGUUCGAUAAAACGGUGAAAAUGCACAUUAACAGUCAUUUUACUCAAUUUGUUUGCGUUGUCUAUGUAUGUAUGUAGUUCAGUUGCCUUUGUGUUGUGUUCUCACUGAUCCCUGAUCUAUGAAUACUAUUUUAGCAAGUUUUGACAUUCUGGUUUCUCACCAGGUGUGAACCUGGUUUCCCUGUGCUUUAGCCUUCUUGGAAGUUACUGGUACAUAUUUAAUAUUAAAAAAUGUGCAUAAAGAUAGUUUAUUGUUCAAAAAGCAGACAAAACUGUUGAAAUUUUGAGUACAAAUUUUGACUGCGGGGCUCGAAAUUAAAAACAUCCUCAGGUCUCCUUUUGGUGACCAACUGGAGAAAUAUAGUCGCCAAAUGCAAACUUUUAGUCACCAGUCUGUAUGAUGUAAAUGGCGCAGCUCAUAGUCAGGGCUUCUGACAUUUUGCGCCGUCGCAGAGCCGCGAAAUUCACAAAAACACGCAAAAUACCGCGAAAUUCGGUAGAAAUCUUAUCAAGUUCAUGUCUGUACAACAUAUUUGAAACUUUUCCCAGCUAUUGGGGCUAUUUACUUGCUGUAAACUUCUAAAUUUAUCGUGAAACUUCGUCACUGAAACGUGCAAACAACGUUCCGAAACUCUGAAACUACCAGGCGUAGAUUAUGUUGCGAAAAACUGGGCACUAGCCAUGAUGUUAAAGGCUUUGCCAUUGGUGCAGCUCUGGAGCAUAUUGUUGUUGAAAGAGCAAAUGAUGACCUCUAUUAGAAAAACAUUACAAACGCUGGUCUGGUCAGUGCAAAACCAAUCGAUCUCUAACGAAGUUUUCCCGAAAAUAACCGCAAAGUCGGCCUUUUUUGACCGAUUGAUUUUCGGCUAAGUUUGCCCCGAAAAUUCCUGCGAAAUCGGUCGAUUUUUCUGCGAAUUUGCCCCUAAAAAUCCCGCGAAAUUUGACUUUUUGUCCGCGACCUAUCAGAAGCCCUGCAUAGCUAGUAUGGUGUAAUCCAUCAGAUUUGAAAAUAUCGUGGAUAGAAGUCGGUAUAAAUGUGGAGGUAACCUGGCUUUGUUAUGCGAUUUGGCACAUUUUUUAAUGAUGAAAGCAAAGCAGGAUAAGAUGAAAUGUUUGUUUUAACUUUACUCUUUUAAUUUAAAUCUAAAUCAUAGAGAAAUCUGGUCGCCACUUUGGCGACUAAACUAGAAUUUUUAUUCGCCAAGGAGAAAAAUGUUAGUUGCAUUGGCGACCGUAUCAGUCACAAUUUCGAGCCCUGUGACUGUCUAAAUCAUAACAUUAUAGCUUUUAGGCUUCUGAGGCCCAUUUUGGAGGGUUACGUAUAUCCUAGUCUGAAUUACACACAUGGUAGUUUUCCAUUGUGUGGAGUAGGCCAUUUCCCUGUCAGUCUUUAACCCAUUUUUUGUCAGUUGUCGCCAUUUUAUCCCAUUAGUAAGGGCUUCAGGACCUCUGAAAAGGGCAUAUGGCUUAGCCCUAGCUUUAGUUUGAUGGCUGCUAUAAAGGGAAGUGUUAGGCAUGUAGCUCUGUUACCUUUAGGGGGGUUAGUGGAAUGUUAGACCACCUUAGGGUUGGAGUUACAAGUUCAGUCAUAGCCACUGGAACACCAAUUCAUCACUUUUAGGUUUUUGUUGUCAUUCGUAAUAAAAAUCCAGUGUCUGGUAUCUGUAAUUUUUAGGACAUUAUUUACUUAUGAUUGAUUUACACAGGAAGCAAGUGUACGAUAUGUAGUGGGGCGGACUCUCCAUGGUGAACUUUUACGAGAUACUCCUGAAAACCUCAUCGACACCAAGUUAUUUGUGCUGAAAGAUCACAGUAUUGUCUGCCAUUCUUUCAUUUUCUAUGGACGCGACAAGUCUGGCACCAAUAUUUCUGGCCUUUCUCUCAUAAUUCCAUUCUCAGAAUUCAAAAGCUACUUGCCAUAUGUGGAAUUAGUAGAAGAGCGAGUUAAAAUUCUUAUUGCUAAGCUCAGGGUUUUGCAAGCCAAGGUAAGCAUUUGGAUUUAACAUAUGACUAUAUUUUGAGGAACACUAUGAGCUCAUAUAAAUAAUACACCUGUACAUGUGUAGCUGGAGCUUGUCAGUGCCAUCUAAGUUAGUAUGAAGCAAGUAUUGAAGCAUUCCCUCUCACCCAUUGAUGGAAUGUUAGUUCAUCACAAGGCUACAGGCUACAAGGCUACUAUUAUAUUGAUGAUUGUACAGGCAAAUGCAGCUGAUGAGGCACUGUACAGGCAAAUGUAGCUGAUGAGUUGAACUACUGUAAAACUGAGCCCAAGCUAGUGAUUAGAAGAGGACUAACCUGAAUAUCCAUAAUUAUUUUAAGUGUCGAUCAUGCUCUAACUUUGCAGCCAUAUCCUCCUGCCACUGUGUCUUUGAUUAAGCCAGUUAAUAUAUAUUUUCAGUGAGGUGUAAAUAUUGAUUUAUUGGAUUUUGAUAACUGUGUUAUUGAUACAUGACUGACUUGGGCCAGUAUAUUGUGCUAAUUUGGUCACAGACAUAAUGUAAGUUGUUUUUGACUGAUCUGAUUUCUCAUCUAAAUUUUCACUGGCCAGCUGUGUCCACCUCCAUGAUAGAUUGACUGAAAGCAUUGUAAGCUCAACCUCCCAACAACUACAUGUAGUCUUUCAGUCCUACCUGAUGGAAGUGGACAGAGGCCAACAAAAAUUGAGGAAAAGAAAUCAGUUCAGUUAAGGCAAAUUUCCUCAAUUCAAUGACUACAUAUAUGAAUGGUUUAUAACCUUAACAACAAAAUAUUACACUUUAAACAUCCAGAUCAUUUGCUGUUAAGUUCUAGUAUUAAUCUCUGAACUCUUAAUUUACUUGUACAGGACUUAACGUCUGCUGUAUUGUCAUUUGGUAGCCAUCUACCUCGCUUUGUCAAAACGAUAACCAGUCUUCAAUCUGUAGGUGUUCCUGAUUCUAUCCCGGUAAGUUAAUAUUGUACUUUUUGCUGAUAAAGGGGUAUAAACUCAUCGAUCUAAAUAUGGUUCAUAUCUACUGUAAAAUUCCGAAAAUAAGCCCCUCCAUGUAUGAGCCCCUCCAAAUAUAAGCCCCUCAAAACUGUAAUGCAAAAAACCCUCUGUUAAAUCGCCCCUCCGAAUAUAAGCCCCCCGGGGGGCUUGUACAUGGAAUUUGCUCUCGAAUACAAAGUAAAACAAAGCAAAAAUGGUAAAUUUCCUUCCCCCUUCAAGCUAGCCCAAUCGAUUUUGAAACCCAAAUUUCCUUCCCUACAUAAGCCCCUCAAAAAGGGCCUUUGAAAGAUAUAAGCCCCAGGGCUUAUUUUCGGAAUUUUACGGUAUUAUUUUCACUUCCAAAAAAAGACAGUUGAAAAGGCUGUGGAAUAUGUUGUUAUUUUUUGUUGUUGUUGUAGUUGUUUUAUUUUUUUUUCGUCUUGAUUUUUGUGUCAUGUCUUUGUCUUCCAUAAAAGUGUAGGCCAUCGGAUUCCCCAAAAAAGGGGGUGGGGGGGGGAAGGAAGAACUGAGUUUGCAAGGCCCCUAGUAGUUCAAAUUAAAAAUGGCUCUUCCAAGGAGAGAGGGGGUCAUCGGUUGAAAUUAAACUGAAGGAAAACUUGUUUGAAAAUCAACAUUAGCCUUUUUGGUCCAACUUUUCAAUACUGUAGCAUGAUGCAGACGUCUUCAAGGUGACAAACAAAAAGAUUUUUAUUUGUAGUUAAGUGAGACAGCCUUUGGUCCUGGACAAUCCAACAAGUUUGAGGAUCGCUUCUUAAUGAGGUACAUGUAACAAAUUAAAAUAGUUUCCUUUAUAUUAUCAUGAUCGCAAUGUAAAUGUCUCAUCACCCUAAAAGUACAGCUGUAUGUUACCUUUCUUCACAUGAAUGUGGGCUUUUAGUUUUGGGAGCAUUAUUUUGUCACUAGCGCACUUUAAUUCCAUUGAAAUGGGUUUUAACAUCAGAGGUGAAUCUAAGGGACGGGCCCAUGUAGUCCACCAUAUUUUAGGUCAAAACUGAAGCCUCACUCAAAGGUCUCAGGAUCCACCGCCAAAGUUCCUAGAGAUGAUUUUGUUUAGCCAGAGAGUGUAGACUUUCCAUAUCAUUGAUCCUUUGUUGUAGUAAAAUAUGGGACCAGUAUUUUCUCUUUCUAUAAAAUUGGACGAGGGCAGAUUUAUUUUGGGACCAGGGAGGAGAGGGUAGGUUGAGGGGAUUAAGUCUAAAACCUGCAGCUAGGAAAAUAAAAAGGAAAACAGAAACUAUGAGCCUUUCUCUUUGUAAAUCCAAAAUGACAGCAGGAAUGACAAAAAGAAUUUUUCCCCUAUUGGUUUCAUGCCUCAAUAUUUUUUUCCUUUAACCAGAGUCAUCACAUCCCAUUUACAGACUUUUGGAAGUACACUAGUUGUGGGAAAAGCACUGGACAAAGUCAACAUGGUAUCUGUGUCUUUUCAUUAGGCACAUACACGGUGUAAAUACUGAAUUGCAUAUGUUCAAAUCCUGUCAGCGACUCAAUAUUUUUUCUUUUUCUUGUGACGUGCUGAUUAAUCACAUAGUUCAUAUUCAUUUGUAAACCUAAGUUUAAAAUUUACCAUCUAUCUCUCUUUAUUUCUACAAUUGUAACAAAGAAAAACUUCUUGACCCCUUUUUUCGUAAUUUUUUUCUAAAUGCAUUUGAUCACAUGUUUGAGAGUCAAUUAUUAAAAAGGUAAGAACUUUGAUAAUGUCCCUAUAAGUAGGCUGCAUUCUCUUUAUAUGCCCAUUUAACAUAUUGAAUUUUUGGCUAAGCUGGAAAGCAUGUUAGUUCGCGUACGAGAGUAUCAAAAAUGAUUUUUUAUACUCAGGGCCAAGUUGUUCAAAGCUGGGUUAAGAUAACCCAGGAUUAAUGCAAAAUUUGAAUUCAGCUUUGAAAGCUUAAAAAGCGUUCAGUUAAAUUCUUUUUAUCUACAAUAUGAUGAUUGGAUGAUCUUAAAAGAAUAGAGAAACUUAUCCGAGAAAAUGCUUUCGGAUAAAAGGAAAAGAAACCUGGGUUAAAAUCUAACCUCAGGUUAGCGCUAAUCGGCCUUCGAAUAACUGGGCCCCAUAAUUAUUAGAACAAGACAUCGAAGACAUUCGUGGAUUCUGGAUUCCAUCCACGUGCACCCUGUGGAUUCCGGAUAAUUCUGUUUACUGGAUUUCAGAUCGCUUGUCAGUGGAACUUAGAUUCUGGUUUGCAAUUGUUAGUGGGAUUCGGAACUUCUUGAGUUGAAUUCCCAGAAUUCUGGAUUCCUCAAACAAAAGUUUGCCGUAUUCCGGAAUCCCAAUUACCUCACAAGGGGCCAACUUCCCUUGUUUGAUAUGUAUUGUAUUACUAGAAAAUGACUCUGAUUGUAUUUUUUUUGUUACACUACAGAUGGUCAACACCUUGGCAUUACUGUUGUCCUCUGAGGAGCGACGAAGAUCACGUUAUGCCGUAGAGACUCUGUCUAAUGACUCUGAUUUGUACGAUUCUGAUCUGUUUGUUCAAGGCUUGCUUAAGGUGCUUACUAGAGCUAGCUUCUGUUUGUCAAUUAAUAGUUGCGGUUACACUAGACGUUUCAGAGCUUCUCAUGGCGAAAUUGCUUUGGUUAGGCUCACUCUAGGUUUUGAUCGACUUCAUGCUUGCGUUUACACUCUGAUAAAUUACCCCAGCGAAAGAGAAAACGUUGCCGCGAUUUUGCAACUAAAGAAAAUAAGCUGUUGACUUUUUUGACGUUUUAAAAGUUUACUAAAACAGUUCUGAGUGUUGAAAACUAAAGCUGGUGUUAUGGUCGCGACCAUUUUGCCAGCUUAAGAUAGCUGAAACGCGAGGCGUUUUAGCAACUAGUUCUUGCUCACGUUUCCAGUUCUUGUAUGUUAAAUUAAAUCCCAGGAAAUAAAACAAGACGGCGCCGAAGGCGUUUGACACGGUAGGCCUCAAGAGUGAACAGUUUUAUCGCUUUAUUACUACUAAGAACGAAUUAUCCGGGUUCCUAAUAGAUUCUGCCUUUUUACAAGGCGGGAAGUGGAAUAUUUAGGUAAGAUGGCGUGAGACUGCGUGGGACUGUUUGUAUGCACGGUUGCGGGAUGCCGGAAUUAAUUAUCAGGAUUAAGGGAUUUAACGAAACUUUGGGUGGGAACGACAGCAUUAACGAACCCUCUCUCAUGAAUACCCUCAAAUUAUGGGAUCAUGUCUCUUUGUACAUUAGAGCACCAAGGAUCCUUUCAGUCUUCCAGUUAAAGGAAUCAUCACCAGUAGCCUUCCCAGCACUCUGGUUGACCUGGAUACGGGUGAAGUCAAACAGACGUGCCCCUUUAACGAACAUGUGGUCAUUAGAAAAGAGUUUAUUGACAUCGAGUUGGCGCUGCUGCUAGAGGAGGCGGAAGAUGCUCCAGUAUUCCCUGCGCUGUGAGUACUUAAAAAAUUUCUUCUUGACACCGUGCGACUUGAGCAUCCAUAAUUUAUGUCUUCUUCUUGGUCAAUCGAGUAGGAGAAAAAAAGGCUCUGUGCGUAUCCCGUCAAACCUUUGAAAUCGCCAAAGCCCGGAACUUCUGGACUGGUCAAUCCUGUUUUCCCUGAAACUUGUUUUUCGAGUGCGAGCAUCCGUUUAUUGAUACUGGUGAUCAUAACUGAUGUUUUCACUGGCGUAAAUGAAACUGAGUAUUUUUCUUUAUUCAAGGGGUUUAUUUCACAACUCAGAAGAAGCUGGUAUGCUGGUACAAGCGUUCUUGCAUGAUGUAAGUAUCAAUUACUCAAAAACAGGAACCAAAUAAAAACGGCGCGCCUGUCCCCCUCUCCUCUCGCCGUGUCCGAUGGAUAGCUUUGUACAACGUUUGAACAACCCAGGCAUGGUCUAUAUGCCGGAUAUUAUAAGCAAUAGAAAUAAAUCAAUGAUGGCACAAUUUGUUUUUCCUUCUUUCUCGCAAACGACCUUCCAAAAGACUACGCCGUUGUUUCUGAUUACCGAGGGUCUUGGUCGUUUAAAGACUUGAAAGCUGGCAGCCUGUUAUGGUGGCGGUUUUGUUUGGCCAACGCGGGAAUGAGUGGAAAAGCCAGGAAAACGCGCUUUUCUCUCUGUCUUUUUCGCCCCUUUCUACUAGCGGCUCAUUUACGGGUUUGGCAGACAAGCUAUGAAGCUGGAGGCAAAGCUGAACCUAAUUGGUCUUUCAGAUCAUAAUGAUUUACAAUUAGUGGUAGCAUACUGCAAGCUUUAAUAAUACAUCAAACCCUUAAUACCCAUACUCCCAUGAAUGAUAUCUAUCAUGACAAACCCUAAGUUAUUCAGUAGUUGAUCCACUGUUUGAUAAUUACAUUUGUACAUCUGUUCACUUCUCAGCUCAAUCUCCUUCCUUACGUUUGCGGUGUCCGCGAGGGAUUUAUCGAUAAUUUUCUGCGUCUCCUUGACAGAAAAGCUCUCUCACUCAUCAAAUACGUGGAAGCUAAAUCGUAUGUAUAAUAUGCCCGAUAAUAAAACCGGGUCGAAUUACGGCAGUUUAAUUGUAAGUCUGCUAAAGGUUCUUUAAUCAAUUGGAACCCAAACCCUUCCCCUAACACGUUCAGUGGCACCUGCGCAUGUAAAUUCAACUCAGAGAAUGAAUUUAAAUGAAUAUGAUUUUAAUGUGAAAUGUAACCCUAAGUUCUGUAGCGUUAACAAUCCUUUCAAGUUUACCUGUUUGCAACGCUCAUAAUAGAGUAUUGACGUACGUCAACCGGAAGAGGACUUUUUGCGUUCUUGGGCAUUAGUUUUGCCUAAUUUUUCGGGAAAAUCGUCUCUUGUAAAUUCAUCUGAGUUGAGUUGAAUUUACCGCCGCCUGGUUGGCUCAGUUGGGAGACCGCCGGUCUGCUGAGCGGAAGGUCACGGGUUCGAACCCCGGCCGGACCAACACUCAGGAUCUGGCAGCCUCAGGGUCUUUCAAUAACUGAGAAGAAAGUGCUGCCUUUUUAAUGACACCUGCAAACGGUUAGACUUUCUAGUCUUCUCGGAUAAGGACGAAAAACCGUAGGUCCCGUCUCACAGCACGUACAUUUAUCUGGUUCUUGUGGGACGUAAAAGAACCCACACCACUGUUCGAAAAGAGUAGGGGACGUAGACCCCGGUGAUGUGGUCAACCUUCACACUUCGCAUCAUUCACAUCAUGGGUUGGGUGGGCACAGUAAGAUCAUGAAUGGACUGAGAGCGGCUGCCAGUGGCGCCUUUGUAUGCUGACGUCCGAGCUUACUGUUCACAUGAUAAAAAUGUAUUGUAAAGAGGGCACGUCUGAUGUCCUCUAAUCCACGACUCUUCUCUUCAUUCUUGUAUGGGAAAGACACUGAGAAAUACACAUUUGGUAGCGUCAACGCCUUUUAAAGUUAAAAAGGCCUCACUUCUGGUGAAUUACGUCGCUCAAAAACGCGUUAGCCUAAACUUCCUGUUGAUGCGCACAUCUAACUUGUUUUAAAAUACAGACUACUGAUACAUAGGAUUAGUCAGUAAAUUCCACCUUUGUUUGCUAGCACCGAACAAACGCAGUUAUCGUAGUAUUGUUUUAACGAAAAAUGCUACAUUGUAGCAACGUGGAAGCUCAAAUACGUUACAAUGCAGAUAAAUUCGACCACAAUGCCAGCCUACCCCUCCCCCCGCAGGAUAAACUUUAGAUUUAUUCUUCUUCUUUUGUGCUGCUGAAUUGUUUUCUCAGCUUUUCAAUCCUUGUUCACAUCUCUACCACUUAAAGUCAAACCUGAUCAAUCGUACCCCAAUAGAAUGUAUUUGUUUUCUCUUUGUCUCCGUGGUAGGUCAUUUGGCACAGUACCAAUGGAUCACUCUGCUAGGCGUCAGUUACGCCAGGAUCUUCAACUCGCCACGGAGGAAGAUUACUCCAUCGUGUUAACACGCGCGGAAAAACUACAUUCUGGAAUUUACACGUUUCUGAAAGGGGAUCCUCGCGAGAGUGUGGCUCGAGUCCAGGCCAAUUUCGAGUGGCUCUAAGCAACCACGUGACAGGGCGGCCAUGUUGGAGUUUAGUCCCCAAAGGAGAGAUUUGCUUUUGUUCUUGAUCAUUAACAUGGCCGCCGUGACGUCACGUGCAAACCAGCAAUACUCAAGCAUGUGUCCAAGUUCUCUCCUCUUGACUUAGCUUCUUCCGAAACAAAAGACAUGAGAAACAGGAAUGGGACUGUAUGUCCCUCAGCUUUAGAGAUGAAGUGAUUGACUCUUCAAGAUAAAAAGGGAGCUUUCGCAACCACGAAAGCAAC